AUGGGCGCGGCACCUGAGCUCUCGGCCAUUUCUGGCCCGACCUACGUUACUGCCCAGACCCUCAUCCAGCAGGUCGCCUAUGCACUCUCCGACAAGAUUUUCUCCUACUCUCCUGAGUCCUUCGAUCUUGAUUCGGCCGUCCGUGAGUGGGCUUCGCGUCGCGAGAGCAAUGCCAAUGGCGAACCUACUGCCGUCCAGACCCUUGAGACUCGCCAGGGCGCUGGUUCCAUCGCUCUCGGUUACCUGUUCUCUCGUGACUUUGACCUGAAGAAGCGCCAUGUUCCUCAGAGCAUCCUGGCUUCGUCGGCCACUCUGCCGUACUUGCGAGGGUCGUUGGAGCAGCUGUCUCUGCUGUACUCGGUUGCUAGUCCUGUCGUGACCCAUGUGGCAGCCGGUGACUAUGCGAAUGACCGUCUUGUUUCCGACUAUGUCACGGCACUGAACCUCGCUGAGGAGCUCGGUCUUGGCCUGAUCUCCAGCUCCUCUGCUCACGAGGCUCAGCACAUGGCGCUCCUGGCGACCCUGGUGGCUUCCUUUUUGCCGUCCAUCCACAUUUAUGACGGUGUGCGUGUUGGCCACGAGACUACUCGUGUCAUUGAUGUCCUCGACCAGACUGGCCUGAACCGCAGCUAUCAGGCUAUCCGACAGGGCUUGUCGGACACGCGAAUUAAGCAUCUCGAUGACCAGGGCAAGGUUUUGGAGAUCCUUCAGAGCCUGAACAGCGAACUGGGUACCGACUAUGGGUUGUUUGAAUACCACGGUCACGCCGAGCCAACUUCUGUUUUGGUGGCCUUUGGUACGGUUGAGGCGUCCCUGACGUCCCAGGUUGCGCGUUCUCUAGCAAAGGACGGUGCCCGGGUCGGUGUGGUCAAUGUGCGCGUCUACCGGCCCUUCGUGGAGGAGGAGUUUCUCCGUGUGCUUCCAAAAUCCACGAAGACCGUUGGUGUCCUCGGCCAGGUUCGCGACGAGCAGGCUGUCCAAGAGGAGGGCGUUCACUCAUCCCUCUACGAUGAUAUUCUGGCGGCCUUGACCUUUGCCAGUGACCGCCCUCAGGCCCCUGCCUGCAUCGAGAUUAAGUAUGAUCGCUCCCACCAGUGGACGACGCUCAAUAUUGCGGCGGCGUUCCAGCGCGUGGCAGACAAGCCAAUCUUGCAAGAUGUCAAGGAUCCUGCUCCCCUCCAGCUUCUCAACCCCGCGACGGUGCAGGAGUACACUUUCUGGGAUGUGGACGACACCCCAUCUGCUCAGGCGGCUGCGGUGCUUGGCCAGGCUCUGGCUACGGAUUCUGCCAUUAACGUGACCACAAGUACGGUCUAUAACAAUCUGAUUCAGGGCGGCCUGGUCCGCGUGGACAUUCGCAAGAGUACCAAGAUCCUGGAUGCGCCGUACGCGGUAGAUGCGGCAGACGUUGUAUAUGUUGGAAACGUCAAGAUCUUGGGCGAUGUUGAUGUCCUUGCCUCUGUGAAGGACAGCGGCAAAGUUAUUGUGAGCGCUCCAGGCGUGAAGGAUGAUGAGCUGGAGAAGAAACUUCCCGCGAGUUUCAGGCAGGCGCUUGCUAAACGGCACAUCUCGCUCUUCAUUGCGGAUCCGGCUAUUGCUGGAGACAACCUGGAGCCCGUUGUUUUGCAGGCGUCCUUCCUGCGGGUUGCUGUACCCUCGUUUGAGCAGUCGAAGUUGGCAACUAUUGCCAAGAACUCCGAUGCUCUGGUGAAUGUGACGAAGGAUCUCGAUAAGAUUUUGCGACAGGUUGAGGUUCCUGAGUCGUGGAGCACAACCGAAGAGGCGGCCGAAGCGCCUCAACCCCCUGAGCGUAUUUCUGCGACCAGUUUCGUGCCAUUCGAUAAGAACGAGGCGGAACCUCCAGCGGUCCUCAAGGACUGGAAGACGAUCGCGAAAGGUCUGGCUUUCAAGGAAGCGUAUGGCACCCGGGCUGCUCUCCGUCCAGACCUUAACACCAAGACGUACACUGUUCGUGUCAAGGAGAACCGCCGACUUACUCCUGUCACCUACGACCGAAACAUCUUCCACAUCGAGUUCGAUUUGGGCGAUUCCGGACUCAAAUACGACAUCGGAGAAGCACUUGGCGUGCACGCUGAGAACGAUGCGGAAGAUGUCAUGGAAUUCAUCAAGUUCUACGGCCUCAACCCAGAUGAGAUCGUCGAGGUCCCGAGCCGUGAGGAUGAUUCUGUCCUGGAGAACCGUACUGUGUUCCAGGCCCUUGCGCAGAAUGUUGACAUCUUCGGUCGCCCACCAAAGCGCUUCUACGAGGCUCUCUCCGAGUUCGCCACAGACGAGAAGGAGAAGAAAAAACUCCUGGCCCUGGGUGGACCCGAAGGUGCAGCCGAGUUCAAGAAACGUGCCGAAGUCGACACUGUCACGUACGCGGAUAUUCUGCAGGAGUUCCCAUCUGCCCACCCGAGCUUCCACGACCUUGUGCGAAUUGUCGGCCCAUUGAAGCGUCGUGAGUAUUCGAUCGCUUCCUGCCAGAAGGUUACCCCAACCAGUGUGGCCUUGAUGAUCGUCGUCGUGAACUGGGUCGAUUCCCGAGGACGCCAACGCAUUGGCCAGGCCACACGGUACCUCAGCAGGCUCCAACCUGGGGCACCUGUCACCGUCAGUGUCAAGUCCAGCGUUAUGAAACUGCCACCCCGUUCGACUCAGCCAAUUAUCAUGGCUGGUCUCGGUACUGGUCUAGCACCAUUCCGCGCCUUUGUGCAGCACCGUGCCCUCGAGAAGGCUCAGGGCAAGGAGAUUGGCUCUGUCCUGCUGUACAUGGGAUCGCGACACCAGCGCGAGGAGUACUGCUACGGUGAAGAAUGGGAGGCCUACCAGGCGGCCGGUGUGAUCACCUUGUUGGGCCGCGCGUUCUCACGUGACCAGCCACAGAAGAUCUACAUCCAAGAUCGCAUGCGCCAGACCCUGCCGGAGAUCAUCCAGGCGUACAUCCGCGAAGAGGGUGCAUUCUACCUGUGUGGUCCGACCUGGCCGGUCCCCGAUGUCACCGCCGUGCUGGAAGAGGCGAUUGCCACGGAGGCUAAGGCCACUGGCAAGAAGGUGGAGCCUCGCAAGGAGAUCGAGAAGUUGAAGGAGCAGGAGAGAUACGUUCUGGAAGUCUACUAG